GAGUCGCAUUCGAGUGUUCGUCUCGUACGGGUCGCCCUUUUAGUGAAAGGUUGCGCGCGUCCGGAACUCGCUACACGGUGUUCGUUGUUCGCAACAGCAGUAUCAGCAGUAGUGUGUACACACAUGCAAAAAAAAAACGAUGAACCUUAUCAUCGGCUAGCUGUGAAGCAAAGUUAAGCAGAACAUUACGAAACCGGUGUGUGCACAAAACGAGCGCAGGAUAAAUAUAGUCAACUGUUCGGUUCAAAUUUUGUGCAGUUCAGUUCGGUUUUUGGAAAAUACAAAGCAAACGUCGAGAACGGGGAGUGGGGCGCAAAAUCGAAAUCACAUAACUCGAGCACCGUCUUCAAUCCGUUCAUGCGAUCGAAGCGAUGAAGCGACAAACGGCAAACCGUACGGAUUGCGUCGUCGCCGUCCUCAACCGGCAGCACCCGAAAUGAGUCGGAAAUCGGAAAAAUCCCCCCUUACCAUCCUUUCCCAGCAUCUCACGCACGCCAAGCUCCCCGGUAGCUGGUCGAUAGGUUGAAGGUAUUUUUCCAUUCCCAACCCAAUAUUGUGCCGCUUUUCUUUUUGUUCUUCGUUCCUCCCGCCAUUCGCAAGGAUGGUGAGACAUAAAUAGAUUGCCGAUCGACUAUCAUCUGACCGUGGACAGUGGUGGGACAACAGUGGUGUAGCCGAAGCAGCAGCAGCAGCAGUGGCAGAGCAAGCAUCAAACGCUGGCCAGUAGCCAGCAGCAAAUAUCGCGCCAAAUGGACGAAAUAUUUGCUACCCAUACAGUCAAGUGUGCCGUGGUGCAAGGGUUGUGUGGGACACAGGAAAAAAGAUAAAUAGAAGCAACAAAAAAAUCAAUCACACGUGAGAUCACACCGUAGAUUAGAAAAUAGGAGCAGAGUUUGGGGUGUUUCCCCCCUUGAAAUGAAACGUCGUGUCGUGAGUAGUGAGCAUCUUUUAUAACCUGAGGAGUGAUUAAACGAAGCUGCGUUUAGUUGUGUACGAGUGGCAAUCAUUAGUGUGCGAAAGGGGCUCGGAAGGGCUAAGCUAAGUUUCAAGUUCAAGUUCAAGGUGAAAAGAAACGUGAAAAGGAAAGAGAAAAAAUCGUGUUAUAAUUACAAGUGAAAGUGUGUGUGUGCGUGUGUUUGUAUUUCCACCCGUCACACAAUGGCCGUCAAUGUACUGGACGAGGAUCACUUCGCGAUCAGUGCGAUCGUGACGGUUGUGAUGCAGAUCAUCUUCUUCCUGAUAGCCGCCAUCUUUCAGCUCGACAAGCUGACCGAUUUUGCCGGCGGUGUUAACUUUAUCAUCAUUGCCUUACUGACGUUCUUUCUCGGACAGAUCGAUCGUGCGCUGAAGCCCUACGACAGCCGGCAGCUGAUGGUGACGGUGUUCGUGUGCCUCUGGGGAGCCAGGCUAUCCGGCUAUCUGCUCUAUCGGAUCGUGAAAAUUGGACGCGACAAGCAGUUCGAGGACAAUCGGCGCAAUGUGAUCCGGUUUGCCGUCUUCUGGACGUUCCAGGCCGUCUGGGUGUUCGUCGUAUCGCUGCCAGUCAUUAUCAUCAACUCACCGAGACACUCGUACCCGAAGGCGCCCAAAACGAUGACGACGCUAGAUUCGGCCGGGACGGGCAUGUUCAUCACGGGUCUGCUGGCGGAAACGUACGCCGAUCUGCAGAAGUUUUCCUUCCGCCAGGACCCGAUCAAUCAGGGCAAGUUUUGUAACGAUGGCCUUUGGAGGAUGUCACGCCAUCCGAACUACUUCGGCGAGAUCGUUAUCUGGUGGGGUAUCUUCGUUAUUUCGCUGAACGUCAUCGAGGGCAUCGAAUGGGUCGCUAUCCUGUCGCCGAUCUUUACGACCCUUAUCAUCCUCUUCCUGUCCGGCAUACCGGUCCGGGAACGGUCAGCGGACGAAAAAUAUCGAGAUGAUCUCGAGUAUCGAAAAUAUAAAGCGUGCACAUCGCCACUCAUACCGAUCCCUCCAGCAAUCUAUUCCGAGGUUCCACGUGCGCUCAAGUUCAUCCUGUGCUGUGAGUUUCCGCUGUACGAUUCACUGGACAAGCGCCGAAAGGACGAGGGACCGUUCGCCAUGACGACGUCCAUAUCGGUGGCACAUUCGCACUCUACCCACACCUAG